UGCUUGAGACGAAAAAUCGAGAACAGUAUAUACUAUUGUCGCUCCUGCUUCUUUCUUUUUUUCUUCCCUAAAUCUAGCAAAAUGGGUAAAGUCAAAUGCGCGGAUUUGAGGACAAAAGACAAGAAGGAGCUGCUCAAGCAGCUGGAGGAGCUCAAAACUGAGCUUACUAACUUGAGGGUUGCGAAGGUCACAGGAGGAGCUGCUUCCAAGCUUUCCAAGAUUCGUGUUGUCCGCAAGGCUAUCGCACGUGUGUACAUUGUUAUGCACCAGAAACAGAAGGAGAAUCUGCGCCUUCUGUAUAAAAACAAAAAAUACAAGCCUUUAGAUCUGAGGCCGAAGAAGACCAGAGCCAUUCGAAGGAAGCUUACUCCUUUCCAAGCUAGCCGCAAAACCCUCAAAGAAAUCAGAAAAAAGUCGGUGUAUCCACCAAGAAAGUAUGCUCUGAAAAUCUAAGUUAAGGUUUGCUUAUAAUAAAAUAAAUUCUUAAUAAUA